GCAUGCGCAAACGGACGGACUACUUUCGCGGGCAACAAGAUGGCGGACUGGGCGACUGCGGCGUCCUAAAGACGUUUCUGCGAUCCACCCGCCAUAUAUAUUCUUAACGAUUCGUCUUUUUGAAGACCACGGAACGCAGGUUGAGUUUGCAGCGGUGGAGUGUUACCUGAAGUGAAGAUUGAAGACGUGAUAGAAGAUGGACGACUACUGCUAUGCUAAGAUGGCGACGUCCGCUAAAAGAGAACAUGAGAGAGAAUCAGCGCCACCAACUUCCAGCAAAUCACCAACGGAGAUAAAGACGAAAACUGCAGACAAAGACGUCCAGCAGCUGAUCGGUAAUCCAGAAGAAGUUUCCCCUCAGUUAGGGGGGAGCUCCACUUUGAAGGAGGAGGCUCCACAACCCCCCUGCAUUAAAAAGGAAGAGGAGGAACUCUGCAUCACUCAGGAGGGAGAGUGUCUUCUAGGACGAGAGGAAGCUGAUCUCACCAAGUUGCCACUGACUGUUGUCUCUGUGAAGACUGAAGAUGAUGAAGAGAAACCACAAGCAGACAACUUCUUAGCUUCACUAUCAGAUAGUGAGGCUGAAGAGGAAGUUGAAGUAACUUUGAGCAGCGAUACAGACUGUGAAGGUGAUAUGAGGACUCACACUGACAACAAACAGUCUGAAUGCUCUAAAAAAAAGAAAGGUAAAAAAAAUUUGAGUUGUUCGGUUUGUGGUAAAAGUUUUGCUCACAGGAGUAAUUUGGCUUACCACAUGAGAACACACACAGGAGCAAAACCAUUUAAUUGUUCAGUUUGCGAUACAAGCUUUUCUAGAAAGGGUACUUUGAUUGAACACAUGAGAACGCACACAGGAGAAAAACCAUUUAAUUGCUCACUUUGCGGUAAAAGCUUUUCUCAAAAGGGCAGUGUGACUAAACACAUGAAAACACACACAGGUGAAAAAACACUUAUUUGCUCAGUUUGCAGUCAAGUAUUUGUUUCCAGACAAGGUCUAGUUCGCCACUUGAGAAAACACAUGGCAAGCGAUACAGGCAGUGAAAGUGAUAUGAGGACUCACACUGACGACAAGGACUCCAAAUGCCCUCAAAAGAAGAAAAAUGAAAAAUGUUUGAGCUGUUCGGUUUGUGGUAAACUUUUUACUCACAAGAGCAAAUUGACCUACCACAUGAGAACACACACGGGAGAAAAACCAUUUAAUUGUUCAGUUUGUGACACAAGCUUUUCUGUAAAAAGUAAUUUGAUUGACCACUUAAAAAGACACACUGGAGAAAAGCCAUUUAGUUGCUCACUAUGUUGCAAUAGUUAUGCUCGAAAGAGCCAUUUGACUGAUCACAUGAGAACACACACAGGAGAAAAACCAUUCACUUGUUUAGUUUGUGGUAAAAGAUGCUCUCAAAAGAGCAGUGUGACUAUACACAUGAAAACACACACAGAAGUAAAAACAUUUAACUGCUCAGUUUGCAGUGAAAUAUUUGCCACCAAACAAGGUUUAUUUCGCCACAUGAGAACACACAAAGGCGGGAAAACGUUUACUUGUUCAAUUUGUGCCAAAAGUUUUACUCAAAAUAGCAGUUUGACCGAUCACAUAAGAUUACACACAGGGGAAAAACCAUUUAACUGCUCAGUUUGCAGCAAAAUAUUUGCCUCCAAACAAGGUUUAUCUCGCCACAUGAGAACACACAAAGGCGGAAAAACAUUUACUUGUUCAAUUUGUGGCGAAAGUUUUUCUCAAAAUUGCAGUUUGAUUGAGCACGUAAGAUUACACACAGGAGAAAGCCAUUUAAAUGCUCAGUUUGUCACUAAAGCUUUACUAAAAAUGGCAGUUUAACCCAGCACAUGAGAACACACACAAGAGAAAAACAUUUAGUUGCUCAGUUUGCUGCAAAAACUUUGUCUCCAGUCAAGGUUUAUUUCAACACCAGCAACCCCAAAAGGGACAAGCGGUAGAAAAUGGAUGGAUGGAGAUUACACACAGGGGUAAAACCAUUUAAUCAAUCACUCUGCGUCAAAAGAUUCCCCCGUAAUGCAGAUGCUGUAAAACAUGUGAGAACAAAUAAGGGAAAAUAACCACUCAGCUGUUUAGUUUGUGGUAUGUUGCUCAUACGUGGUGACAUCCAUCCAAACCCAGGGCCUCAUCAAAAUAUGUGCACUGCUUCUUUCUUGCACGUAUUUGUGCAAUUUGGGAUUAUCUCAUCAUAUUCUUAUCUCCUUGCGACACCAUGUCUUCUGUGUAUCUGAAACGUUCCUGAGAAUUAAGCAUUUCUUUAUUCAAACAGUUACCCAGCAUCCCCUCUGUGUGUCACCAAAGUAUCCACAGCUUGUAGAAAUGUGCGUACGACAGCCGUGAAGUUGGCGUGAGGCACCGCACAUUUCCGCCUUCAGUUCACUCUCCAUACAUCUCUACUUUGACGUGAAAAAGGACGCACGCCAGGUUUUUGUGCGUACGCACGCUUAAUACAUGAGGCCCCUGGUGUUGAUGUUUUGUGUCUACAGACCAACAUCAGAUGAUGCACAAAGAAUCUCACCUGAGUUGCAGCACAAAAGCAGCCAAGUUUUCUCAACCAUGAAAUUCUGUCCCAAAGAUGUUGUUAUAAAAUUGUGUUGUCCUGACACUUCAAAGACUAAUUAAUGGCCCUGAUGGGAUCUCGGUAACUCUACUUAAAAAUGUGUGCUGGAGCUUGGUGGUUCCACUUCUUCAUUACUGCCCCCUAUCUGCUGGUGAAUCACAUCCUUACUUUUUUCUUUGUUUUAACAAUUGUUUCCCUUAUGAUGGACGAUCUUAACAACUCUGAUUUUUUUUUUUUUUCACCAAAAUCAUUGAAACCAUUUCCACAGGUGUAUAAAUAAGUAUGUUGAUUUUCUACCAUUUUUACGGAAUUAUUUUGGUUUAUGUGACGUCAUGUGUGUUCACUUCCGGUUGUAUGUAGACACGUCAUGUAUGGAUCGUCAUGUUUACCUUUACUGUAUAGUAGUUGUAGUUUAAUAUUUUGCUUUAUUGUCUGAAAAUGAAUGACAGUCUGACAACUACUGAAGAUAUUUUUCUUUUGACCACAUUUUGAAAAUUAUUAGAUUUUUUUUCAUGAUCACAUUGAUUCCGUUUUGAAAGACGGUGUUGUUUUGUUUUGUGUGUUGUUUUGUAUCGCUUUGUUAUUGA